AUGCCAUCAAACGCCAUAAUGAAGAUCAUGUGGGGCCAAGUGAGGUCGGAUCAGAUCUGGAAGGGUUCAUUUGACAACUGCUGUCUCGGCCAUGUUCCAAAAGUUGGAAAAUUCAUCAAGAAAAACAUUGUGGAUUACAGGAUGCAGGAAACAGAUGGCGAUUGCAACAUCAGAGCCGUGGUGUUCCAGAUGAAGAAAAGGCGCAAUCAAAAGAUAAGGACCAUCUGCGCCAAUCCGGAGGACGAAUGGGUCCAGGAGAUUAGAAGUCGUGUGGAUGAAAGAAAACGAAACUAGGCCACCAACAAGAGAAAACCAGAGAGGAGAAUGGCAGAUUUAGCCCAAAGUCAGACAGGCUAUAUCAUCUUUAACCGAACAGACUGUAUUUCAACUGAUUUGAGAUUUCCUGGCCCAUCACAUAGUUCUUUUACACAUAAGCCUAGUGUAUGGUUUAAGAUGUAACCAGUGUAUGGAAGUUUUUCUCUAUGAGCCAUUACCACGAUACUGUUCACUUCUCUGUAACGUGUUGAACCUGCUAGGAUUGAGCCACUCUUUGGCAGCUUUAAAUGUGAGUAAAUGUACGUGCGUAUACACAUAUAUAUAUAUAUAUAAACACCACAAGUAGAAGCUGAGUUUUUUUUUAAUGUACAUAUUUUUGUAUCGACAUUCUGUCCCAUGUUUUCUUACUUCAAAUAAACAACAAAUGUAAUCCAAA